UACAAUACACUAACUUUUUACUUAAUUUUAUUUUAUGUAAGAGUUAGCACAGCACUUGCAUCAUUGACACCAAAAUGGCUGACUGAAGAUUUUCCUAAUGUGGAAAACAGCAGUGUGGUAAAGUCACUCCAGGAAAAAAGUGAGUUAACGAGUAGCAAUUCCACCCAGUUGUUCUUGGAUAAUGAUGAUCCAGUCGUUACGGAAGUACUAGAGACAUCACUGCAGGAGGAGUGCAAGACCACAGACACCAAAAAGGGAAACAGAAAAGUGCCCACUGAGCAUAUGGCCAUCUCCCAAAACUCACUGCUUGUCAGUGCUCUAGUCACUGAGCAGAACAAUGGAUAUAAGCCCCAGGUUUCCAACAGAAGCCCACUGGGAAAUGUAUUUAGUAAUACUUACGAAACACAGUCCCAAGCACUGGAUCCAAACACGUAUCUCUCAAGCCAAGAUACACAUGUUUUGUUAAAAGAUUAUACAAGUCCUAUUACUUUCUUGUGGAAUGCUGAAGGAACUGGGAGCAAUACAUUUUUACUUGAGAAGUUUAACCUCAUUUUAAACAACAACAGAAGUGGACAGAGCAACAUUUUCAGUACAACAGAUGAGGAACCUAAUACACUUUUGGAAAACCAGUGGAAAAGUCCACCGUCCACUGAAAAUGUUCAAGAGCAGACGUUAGUUCCAGAUGAGUUGGUCUCUUGCUUAGGAGCUGUGACUGAAGAAUCCAUAGGUAUAAAGUCCUAUUUUCCACAAACUGUUGGAAAACUAUUUCAAUAGAAAUAAUUGUAAUAAAGAAAUAAUACUAUUUUAU